AGCCGCGUCGGCUGGCCAGGGCCGCUCUGCAGGCCUCGGCGCUCUCCUGCCGCCCCCCCCCCCUCGGCGCCCCCGGAUCGCCCCCGCCCGCGGGCGCUCCGCCCGGGCAUGCGCGUGUCCGUGGUCACCUGCGCCGGGCGAGAAGUUGGCGGCCCUGGACGCCAGCCCGUCGUGGCGGCUGCGGGACGUGCUCGCGGGGGCGCCCGCGCAGGGUGGCGCGCCAGGCAGCCGGAGGCGGGUGUUCUUCGGGGAGACGGAGCUUCGCGGCGGCGCGACCUUGGCUGAGAUCGGUGCCUUUGGCGGCAGCGAGCUCACGUUGGUGGUGACUCCCGCGCUCCAUGUGCUGACCGCCUCUGGAGACCGCACGGCGAAGAUCUGGCACGCGGAGUCCGGCCAGUGCCUGCGAACGCUGGAGGGCCAUGGCAAUGACGUGGUGUCCGCGUGUUCUCGCCGGACGGGCUGGAGGUGCUGACCGCCUCUGAAGACGGCACGGCGAAGAUCUGGCACGCGGAGUCUGGCCAGUGCCUGCGCACGCUGGAGGGCCAUGGCAAUAUCGUGACGUCCGCCGUGUUCUCGCCGGACGGGCUGGAGGUGCUGACCGCCUCUGAAGACCGCACGGCGAAGAUCUGGCACGCGGAGUCCGGCCAGUGCCUGCGAACGCUGGAGGGCCAUGGCAAUUUCGUGGUGUCCGCCGUGUUCUCGCCAGACGGGCUGGAGGUGCUGACCGUCUCCGGAGACGUCACGGCGAAGAUCUGGCACGCGGAGUCCGGCCAGUGCCUGCGCACGCUGGAAGGCUAUGGCAAUUUCGUGGUGUCCGCCGUGUUCUCGCCGGACUGGCUGGAGGUGCUGACCGCCUCUGAAGACGGCACGGCGAAGAUCUGGCACGCGGAGUCCGGCCAGUGCCUGCGCACGCUGGAGGGCCAUGGCAAUUUCGUGGUGUCCGCCGUGUUCUCGCCGGACGGGCUGGAGGUGCUGACCGCCUCUAACGACGGCACGGCGAAGAUUUGGCACGCGGAGUCCGGCCAGUGCCUGCGCACGCUGGAAGGCCAUGGCAAUCGCGUGGUGUCCGCCGUGUUCUCGCCGGACGGGCUGGAGGUGCUGACCGCCUCUUACGACGGCACGGCGAAGAUCUGGCACGCGGACUCCGGCCAGUGCCUUCGCACGCUGGAGGGCCACGACUGUCGAGUGUUCUCCGCCGUGUUCUCGCCGUAGUAAGUGCCAGACUUUGCUCUCGGUUCCGAGGGGGAGGGGGUGG